AAACUACAACUGCUAGAUUUAAUAUAAAAUCACGGCAGCUAAAUCCGAGUUCCGAGUUCCGAGUUUCCCCGCCAAAAGGAACCACAGCGAAGGCGGCCGAAUGUCAUCGAUGCAUCUCGUUAAUCGAGCAGCGCGUGCCGAGCAAGCAUAGGUAGCGAGGUCGACGCUCCAUCAUGGAUGGAUAUAGAGCAACGGUUGCUGGCACAGUGCCGUACACAACGUACCUAGCGCGGCUGAGUGUCAGACGAACGUUUCAUCGGGCGUACCUUGCUCAUCGUCAACACAUCAAGACACAAACGCACAUUAAUAGCCUUGCAUCACAUCAGCAUCUCCACACUACCUACCCAAGCGAGACGCAGCUCAAUUCCAAAUACUCACGCAUAAUCACGGAAAUGGGUAAAGAUUACUAUCAGAUCCUCGGCGUGUCCAAAAGCGCCAGCGACGAUGAGCUCAAGCGAGCGUACAAAAAGCUCGCCCUGAAACACCAUCCGGACCGCAAUAAAGACAAUGCCAACGCGAAAGUCAAGUUCCAGGAAAUCGGAGAGGCUUUCGAAGUGCUGAGCGAUAAGAACAAGCGCGCCGUAUACGACCAAUUUGGAGAGGAGGGCCUCAAAGGCGGCGGUGCGCCCUCGCCUGGUGCAGGUGGGCCAGGUAUGGGAGCAGGUGCGUUCCCUGGCGCUGGCUUUGGCGGACCGGGCGGGGCUACCUUCACCUUCACAUCCGGUGGACCGGGCGGGUUCAAGCCCUCUGAUCCCAACGACAUCUUCGCAAGUCUCUUUGGCGGCCUCGGCGGCGGCGCAUUUGGAGGAAUGGGUGGCGGCAUGGACGACGACGAUUUCUCGCACAUGGGUGGAAACGGAGGUGGGCGGCGACGAGGAGGGGGCGGUGGGAUGCCGGGUGGGUUCCAGUCUUUCUUCGGAGGCGGCGGCAUGCAGGGAGGUAUGGGCGGAGGGAUGCCAUCCAUGCCCCAAGAAGACGAGGCAACCAAGGACUCUGAAAAGCAGCUGCCUUGCAGCCUCGAGGACCUUUACAACGGCGUCACCAAGAAGCUCAAGGUCGGAAAACGACUCAUGAACGGUCAGACAGAAGAAAAGGUCUUGCAGAUCGAUGUAAAGAGAGGGUGGAAGAAAGGGACAAAGGUACGCUUCAGCGGCGCCGGUAACGAGGUUGCUCCAGGAAGAAGCCAAGACCUCGUUUUCAUCAUCACCGAGAAGCUGCAUCCGCGGUUCACGCGCGAGAACGACGAUCUGCACAUCAAGCUACCGCUGCCUAUCGUCGACGCGCUCGAUCCGCCGAAACCAUCAUCAGCAGGCAGCAAGCACAACGUCAAGACUCUUGACUACCGGACCAUCGAUGUGCCGCUUCCGCAGCCGGGGCCGGGGCCGGGAAAGACAACCGUGCAAGCCGGUCGGACGACGCGCAUCGCAAACGAAGGCAUGCCGAUCAGCAAAACGGACGGAAAACGUAAAGGCGAUUUGGUCGUGCAAUGGGAACUGCAGAUGCCCGACAAACUCAGCGAUGCGCAGAGGGCAGCCAUCCGCCAGGCUCUGUCGUGAGAGAACCGAGAGAAAACGCCAAAAAUCGGCCUCGGGUUAAGCGGGGGUCAAAGCGUCACCGAUUGUACUCCAUACCAGAAACAGGUCAGGCUGUAAACAACUUACUGUAUCAUCAGACUCCCAUGCAAAUGCAAAUGCAGUGCUCGAUAGACCUAA